GGUGAGGAUAGAUGCCAGACUUUUGGGUUUUGGCCGGGUUCAAACCUUUAUAAUAUGAUAUGGAGAGCCAUAAUUGAAGUAGAAUGGAGAGAAAAUAGGGGCAUUGCCUUAACCCACUACUCCACUAGCUCCAAUCUGUUUAAAUUCUUGAAUCGUUCAGAAUCUGUGGUGGCGAGUUGUAACUAACCCAGGAAUCUCUGGUCUGUUUCAUUUUUUUUAGCUUUCGAUCUGGAUCUCAUUCUCCCCUCCUAAUAUAUACCACUAGCUUCCAUCCUCACCCUCCACAUUUCUUGAUUUUCCGAUGGCCACUUCUACUUGCUCCGAUGUUAAUCUAACCCUACUUCUCAGUGGAGCCGCCAACGCCACGGCCGCGGCUCAAUACAUUUGCGAUCAAUUCAACGGCGUGAAAGACAAAUUCGCCGACACUGGCCACGCCGUCGACACCACCUUCCUCCUCUUCUCCGCCUACCUAGUAUUCGCCAUGCAGCUCGGCUUCGCAAUGCUUUGCGCCGGCUCGGUGAGGGCGAAGAACACUAUGAACAUAAUGCUGACGAAUGUGAUCGACGCUGCCGCCGGCGGCCUCUUCUACUUCCUCUUCGGCUUCGCGUUCGCCUUCGGCGGCCCGACCAACGGCUUCAUCGGCCGCCAGAACUUCGGCCUCACGAGCAUGCCGUCGGAGUCGUUCGACUACGGCUACUUUCUCUACCAGUGGUGCUUCGCCAUCGCGGCGGCCGGGAUCACCAGCGGAUCAAUCGCCGAGAGAACGCAGUUCACGGCGUAUCUGUUGUACUCGUCGUUGUUGACCGGGUUUGUUUACCCGGUUGUGGCCCACUGGUUCUGGUCCGGGGACGGGUGGGCCAGUCCGGCGAGAAGCGAUGGGAAUCUUCUGUUGGGAACCGGAGUUAUUGAUUUUGCCGGUUCAGGGGUUGUUCAUUUGGUCGGCGCGGUCGCCGGUCUAUGGGGCGCUGUUAUUGAAGGCCCCCGGAUCGGCCGGUUCGACCAUUCCGGAAAACCGGUUGCGAUCAAGGGCCAUAACGGGUCGUUAGUGGUGUUAGGCACGUUUCUGUUGUGGUUCGGUUGGUACGGGUUUAACCCCGGUUCAUUCGUAACCAUCUUCAAAGCCUACGGAAAUAGCGGCGCAUAUUACGGGCAGUGGAGCGCCGUCGGGAGGACAGCGGUAACCACCACGCUCUCCGGCUGCACGGCGGCGCUAACGACUCUAUUCGGGAAAAAGGUCCUGAUCGGCCACUGGAACCUCACCGACGUCUGCAACGGCCUCCUAGGCGGGUUCGCCGCGAUCACGAGCGGCUGCUCGGUGGUGGAUCCGUGGGCCGCCGUCGUGUGCGGCUUCGUGGCGGCGUGGGUUCUCAUCGCCUGCAACAAACUAGCCGAGGUACUCCAGUACGACGACCCCCUGGAGGCGGCACAGCUCCACGGCGGGUGCGGCGCCUGGGGGAUCAUAUUCACCGCCCUCUUCGCUAAAUCCAAGUACGUGGACGAGGUGUACCCCGGCAAGCCAGGGCGGCCGCACGGGCUGAUCCUCGGCGGCGGAGGGAAGCUAUUAGCGGCGCAUGCGAUCCAGAUUGUGGUGAUCGUUGGGUGGACGAGUAUCACAAUGGGUCCGUUGUUUCUUUUACUGCACAAAUUAGAGCUUCUGAGGAUACCGCACGACGAUGAAAUGGCGGGUAUGGACCUCACCAGCCAUGGCGGAUAUGCUUACAAUGACGACGAUUUUGGAGAGUCCAAUAGAAGAAGGGAAUUAGCCAUGGUUCAGCAGCAGCAACAGCAACAGGUGGUUUAGUCUGUAAAUAUAUUGCAUAGGAAUAAUUAAGGUAGAAAUUUUUGUACUAAUCAGAUCAAUAAAUGAAACAUUGUUUUGAUCCAAA